AUGUCAGAGCCUGGGAAAGAGAAUGUGAGAGCGAGUUGGAUGGUGUUUAUAGGGACUCCAUAUCUCCCCUGGGAGAGGGAUGUUGCCGCAGUAGUAGCAUUGCCCAGGUUCGCUCGGCCUGGCACCACGACCCUCGAACGCCAUACUCCUACGCAGGUCCCAACCCGCGCCGUGUCCAGUCGUGUGGAGAGCACAAGGACACCCGCUGUCCUUGCCUGCAGCAAAUCAGGAGUCCCGAAGGGCACGAUAAUGAAGCAAAGGUCGCCAGAUGCAAGGGAUGCUGGGGCAGCACGAUCCAGUGAUGAGGAGUUCGGAGAUUUUGUGCUGCACGAAGUCACCGUCGAGGGCAUCCGCUCGGACCAGCGGUAA